AUGUAUCCUCUCAUCUGCCCACUGUUUCUCAGAGAGCGCUGGAGAAGCUGGGACUUUCGAAUUUUGUACGCUUGCUUCCUGUUCUUCCUGGGUGUUAUUUCAGUUUUUAUUGAAGAUGUUGCAGACCUAAGCAAUCUUUUCUAUUUAUUAUAUCUGAAAUCCAGUUACAAGUCCUGUAUGGGGACUCUGAUUGCUCCUCAGUGGGUGAUAACGGCAGCACACUGCUUCUUACCAGAUCUCCAGGUUAUCUUAACUGGUGGAGCCAUCACUUUUCAAGAGUUUAUUGGGGAAAUUCUGCCUUAUGAGGAGGUCAUUGUUCACCCAAAUUUCACUUUCACUUCUCCUAAAAAUGAUCUUAUGCUGAUAAAGUUGUCUGUACCUCUCACCUUCUUCUCUACCAGCAUGUUUCAGUUGCCUGUUUCCAAUGCAAGUGACAUUUCAGAUUGCUUGGUUUACACCUGGAUGGAAGAAAAAAGAUCUUUUGGAAAUACAAGAGGUUACCUGCAGAGCUUCAUGACUGAACUGAGUAUUGAUUCAGUCUGCAGAACAUUACUGCAUAAAAAGUUUUUUGAAGACUUGUUCUGUAUGGGACGCUUAAGAAAAAACACAGAAGAAUGCCAGGUGACCACAGGUGCACCAGCCACAUGUGGCGAUAAAUUACAAGGAAUUAUGUCUUGGACAACUGGAUGUUUUCCGACAGAUCUUUCUGCUGUCUUCAUUAACAUCUACAGCCACAUUCCAUGGAUCAAGAAAGUUAUUUCUACAUAAGAUGAUUGGCAACUCCAUUGACACCCUCCCUACAUCCCAGCUGAUCCAUGGAAACCACAUUCUGUAUCUUAGUCCCAAUUUUUCCUAGCAUCUAGGCUUGAGUGGAGUGUCAAAAGAAAUCAUUGAUGACUCCUUGGUGUUGACAUUUCUCUAGUUUCUUUAACUACUUCUUUGCUUAUUCC